AGUUUGCAAUCAAGUGUGGUGGUCGACAGAUGACAGCAGAGAAUUUAGUCUAUGAGACUGAGAACACAUCUUUUACUGCAGCUUCAUUUAAUGUAACAAGCACACAAAAAUGGGCAGUGAGUAACGUGGGAAUGUUUUCUGAGAGAGAAGAUCCAUCUUACGUGCAAAAUACUCUCCUUCAAGUGACUGGAACCCUAACACCGGAGCUUUAUCAGACCUCGAGACUUUCUGUUGGAUCACUUAGAUACUAUGGCCUUGGUCUUGAGAAUGGUCCUUAUGAUAUAAGCCUGUUAUUUGCAGAAACGGUUUUUGAAGAUCGAAGCUUACAAACUUGGAAGAGCCUUGGUAGGCGUGUUUUUGAUAUCUAUAUUCAGGGAACUCUCCAGUUAAAGGAUUUUGAUAUAUCGAAGGAGGCAGGUGGUGUUAACAGAGCAAUUACAAAGAAUUUCAAUGCUACAGUGUCUGAGAACCACCUUGAAAUUCACCUAUUCUGGGCUGGUAAAGGUACUUGCUGUGUACCUAAGCAAGGUGAUUAUGGACCAUCAAUUUCGGCUCUUAGCGUUGUUCCAGAUUUUGUACCAACUGUAAGUGGGCUACCGCCAAAAGCUACACACAAAAAGAACCAGACAGGGCUAAUUGUUGGUGUUGCUGUCUCUCUGGGAAUUCUGGCCUUCAUACUGAUCUUUGCAGUUUUUUACACAAGGAGAAAAGGAGAUGAUUAUGAUCAGGAAGUGCUACAGGCAAUUGGUCCUAAACGAAACACUUUCAGUUAUGCUGAGUUGAGAUCUGCAACGAAAGACUUCGACUCUUCAAAUAAGCUCGGAGAGGGAGGAUUCGGACCUGUUUACAAGGGUACACUUUCUGAUGGAAGAGUAAUCGCUGUGAAACAACUUUCCAUGGCAUCUCACCAAGGGAAAGAUCAGUUUAUAAAUGAGAUCGCCACCAUCUCUGCUGUGCAACAUCGUAAUCUUGUGAAACUAUAUGGUUGCUGCAUUGAAGGAACAAAGCGCCUCCUUGUUUAUGAAUAUCUUGAAAACAAAAGCCUCGAUCAAGUAUUGUUUGGAAAUAGUGAGUUGCAUCUUGAUUGGCCAACUCGGUUCAGUGUAUGCAUGGGAACAGCAAGAGGGCUAGUUUAUCUUCAUGAGGAAUCAAGACUAAAGAUUGUUCAUCGAGAUAUUAAAGCGAGUAACAUCUUACUUGAUGCUGAACUCUGCCCCAAGAUUUCAGAUUUCGGAUUGGCGAAGCUGUAUGAUGACAAGAAAACUCAUAUUAGCACCAGAGUUGCAGGCACAAUAGGCUAUCUAGCACCUGAGUAUGCAAUGCACGGACACCUAACGGAAAAGGCUGAUGUAUUCAGUUUUGGUGUUGUUGCUUUGGAGAUUAUAAGUGGAAGAGCAAACUCUGACAAUAGCUUGGGCACUGAAAAGAUUUAUCUUCUCGAAUGGGCAUGGAACCUACACGAAAACAACCGAAGUUUGGGCCUUGUUGAUCCCACAUUAACCGAAUUCAAUGAAGACGAAGCUCUUCGAAUAAUAGGAGUAGGCCUCUUGUGCACUCAAGCAUCACCAAUGCUACGACCACCCAUGUCAAGAGUUGUGGCCAUGCUUGCUGAUGACAUAGAAGUGAGCACUGUUACUUCCAAGCCAAGUUAUUUGACUGACUGGGAUUUUAAGGACAUAACAAGUGUCUUUCUCGAUAAUGAAGAAGGUGCAGCAGCUGCUGCAUCCGAUAAAAGCUAUGGCGAUCAGAAAAGUGACUCGAACAAUGCAACUGCUGUUAGCCAUAGAGCUGAUCCAUUGCCCUGCCCAGUUGAUGUCACUCAGUUCAGUGACAUAACAAUAGAUGGCAGGUAAGAAGAAAUAAUUUAUACAUGUUUAGAACAUUUUCAGACUGCAGACAGCAAUAAGACUUGUAAUGUUAGCAAAGUUAUGGUGAAUGGAUUCAGCAGAGGUUCACUUUGUUAAAUAAAUUCAAUUUGAUCAGUAGGAUCAUCAUAUAGAUCAUA